UUUCAAAAAGAGCCAGUAGGACUGGCCCGCCUUUCGCGGUUCGGAGUGCACCGGUUCAUCGAGGUUUUAAGCCAUGUGUUGCCUCCAUUUCUCUCAAACGCAGGUCUCCUCUUUGUCUCUUCUUGUUGGUCCUUAAACCUCGUGUCGUGGCUCUCGCAGAAUCUGAAACGAGGACAAUUAUGAAUACAUUAACCCUUGCCCUAACCGCCGGUGCCGGACUUUCGAGGAGGUCUAUAGUCACUGAUUCAAACGAUAUUGAGUUCGGAGACCCUUGGUGGUUUGUUUAUGCCGGAGUUUCGUGUAUUCUUGUACUAUUUGCGGGGAUCAUGUCCGGUUUAACCUUGGGACUGAUGUCUUUGGGAGUUGUUGAGCUUGAGAUUCUCCAUAGGAGUGGUACCAACAAAGAGAAGAAACAAGCAGCUGCUAUCCUCCCGGUUGUCCAAAAGCAACACCAGCUUCUUGUAACACUGCUUCUGUGUAAUGCUGCAGCCAUGGAGGCUCUUCCUAUUUACCUGGAUAAGAUUUUUCAUCCAGCUGUUGCAGUGUUGUUGUCAGUGACCUUUGUGCUGAUAUUUGGAGAGGUAAUUCCACAAGCAAUAUCAACAAGAUAUGGGCUUGCUGUGGGUGCUAAUUUUGUGGGGCUUGUCCGAGUUUUGAUGAUCAUUUGUUAUCCUAUUGCUUAUCCUGUUGGAAAGGUUUUGGAUGCUUUAAUCGGGCAUAAUGAUGCUCUGUUUCGGCGGGCCCAGUUGAAAGCCCUUGUAUCCAUUCAUGGCCAAGAGGCUGGUAAAGGGGGUGAACUUACACAUGAUGAGACUACCAUCAUAAGUGGAGCACUUGAUUUGACAGAAAAGACUGCAGAGGAGGCCAUGACACCUAUUGAAUCAACAUUCUCGCUGGAUGUCAAUUCAAAAUUGGACUGGGAAGCAAUUGGGAAAAUUCUUGCCAAAGGCCAUAGCCGUGUUCCUGUCUAUUCUGGGAACCCUAGGAACAUCAUCGGACUCCUAUUGGUGAAAAGCCUUCUUACUGUUAGAGCAGAAACAGAGACUCCAGUUAGUGCUGUUUCCAUUAGGAAAAUCCCAAGGGUUCCAGCAGAUAUGCCAUUGUAUGACAUCCUUAACCAGUUUCAAAAAGGUGGCAGUCAUAUGGCGGCUGUGGUCCGAGUCAAAAGCAAAGACCCUCCUCCUCCUCCUGAUAAAUUAGUUGCGAAAAAUGGGAACAAAUAUUCACAACUGACUAAACCAUUGUUGUCCGAACGUAAAGAAGAAUCGGAUUUUGUGGUCGAUAUUGACAAGACUUUGAAGUCAACCAUGCAGCAUGCAGCAAAAAGUAUAACAUGUCUGACUGAUGAUGUUGAAGAAGGAGAAGUCAUUGGCAUCAUCACACUCGAAGACGUUUUUGAAGAGCUUCUACAAGAGGAAAUUGUUGAUGAAACUGAUGUAUAUAUAGAUGUACAUAAAAGAAUACGGGUAGCUGCUGCAGCUGCUGCUUCAGUUGUUGCCCGAGCACCCUCAACCAGAAGACUAGCUGCUCAAAGACCCACAGUGGUCAAAGAAGACAAGGCAACCCACAACGGUUCAAUCUAAACACAUUUGUAGCUUGUUCAAAGUACCAACUACAGUGAUAAUAUAACUAUAUAAGUAGGUGGUUAGUAGAAUGGUUUAUUCGUCUUUACCAUGUAAAAUUUUACUGCCGCGUUGUGCCUAUUUACACCAAGGGGUAA